AUGGAAGUGAUUAAAGAGAUAAAACAAGACAAAAUAGAAGCCAGAUUCUCAGUUGAGCUUGGGCGCUGCAAGGCUCAGGCGCAGUUCCAAAAGCCGUGGCCCAAGCCACCGGCUUCGGCUUUUCAUAAUGUCAGGCCAGGCCAAAGCCGUCAACAGGCCGUGACUUUGGCCUGGCUUGGCCUGGCCCACGGCCUGAAGCCGGGCUGUGCACAUCACUACCCUGGGUCCCCAGCCCCAGGACAAGCCGCACCUACUAUAGCUAGUCCUUCAUUGGAUAGUCGCAACACCAUGGACUUUGACCCUGGAGAUCAAGGCGUUCCAAGCCCAGUCUUAUCUGAUGCCAGUAUGGCCAAUAACCUCCUACCUCAGCCUGUGCCUAUUGAACAACCUUACGAAUUCAAAACCGAAUUUCACCCUCGCAGUGGUCGUGAAAUGCUCUACCAACACUUUGAGGAGUUUGGCGUCACUCCUGAGAUGCAAACACUUCCUGCAGAGGAAGAACUGUGGCGUCCAUUCCAAUCACAUGGAGAUUUUGAAUUUUCUGAAAUUGCUCUCAAUGCUGCUCUCAACAAGAACCAAGUUGACUGGCUGCUCAGUCUCAUGGCUCGCAUAUCGCAGAGUCAGGCUCAAAUCACGCUGAAAAAUGAGGCCGAUCUGCGCAAGGCAUUAGACAAUGCUGUGGCUGAGCUGACACCAUUUUCAAAACAUGAAGUCAAGGUUCCAUACAAGAAGGAGGAAUGGGUCUACAAGGUGCAUGCAUGUCCCUUAUGGGACUGGGCCCUUGAUCUGUUGAAUGACCCACUGCUAGCACUGCAUUUUGUUUGGGACGUGCAACGCGGCUACAAACAUGACAGUACGGACUUUGAAUGCUUCUUCAAUGAACCGUGGACAGGUGACUGGUGGUGGGAUAUUCAAUCUCAUCUCCCGCCAGAUCUGAAUGCCGCCCCCUUUUGCUUUAUAUUGUAUGCUGACAAGACUAGGCUCUCUUCACAUGGCACUGUUAAAGGGUACCCGGUUGUGGCGCGUUGCGCAAAUCUACCUGCUGAAAUUCGAAAUGGCGAGGGGAUUGGCGGUGGUCGGGUAGUCAGGUGGUUACCAAUUAUUCCAGAAGACGCGUCCGAAGAGGGGAAACUUGGAUACACUACCCUGAAGUGUGUCAUAUGGCAUGAGUCAUUCAUCAAGCUUCUCGUUAACCUUGACCAGUACUCAAAGACUGGGUAUUCAUAUGCAUGCUAUGAUAAUCUCUUAUGCUGGUUAUUUUCCGUCAUACUGAUCCUUUCUGGAGAUUAUGAGGAACAAUGCACAAUGUCUCUCAUAUGUGGUGUACAAUGCAAGUGCCCAUGUCCAGUCUGUCUUGUCCCUCUCAACGAGCUCCAUGACCUGUCCAAGACAUUUCCGAUCAGGUCUGCGAAAGAUGCGCAGGCCGCGCUCAACAUUUACAAACACAACCAAACUCAAGGAGAGGAAGUUUUGAAAGGGCUAGGAUUGCGUCCAGUCACAAAUGUCCUGUGGCUCAUUGAGAAUUCUGACCCUCAUGAGGCAUUAAGCCUGGAUGACUUACAUACUAUGAUCCUCGCUGAUCUUGGAUGUGAGGCCGAGGACAAAUUUGAGAAACAGAUCGCUGAGUUCCCUCAAUGGUGCGCUCUCACCCAUUUCACCACCGUCAUCCAUAUCACCUUUAGCGAUGGCAACAAGGGGCGGGACUUGGUCAAGCAAGCAUUUUAUGUGGCACUCAGUGUUUUAAAACACCAAGUCAGUUCAGAAGGCUACCACCUUCUUUGGGUCAUUCGCAGUUACCUGCACUUAGAUAGUUUAAUCAGGCUCGAUGUGCAUACAGAGUGGACACUUGCAAUGAUAGACGCCGAUUUCCUUGUCUACGAUAUCGCACUCAAGGCUUAUUUUGAAUAUGCCACCACGUCAUCCUUCAUUGAGGACAUCAAGACAGACUGGAACUUUCCAAAGACACAUCUUUGGAAACAUGCGCAACGGGACAUCAAAUUGAAAGGUGUGGCAUGUAACUUCAGCACACACCCAAAUGAUAAGCUUCAUGGCCCGCUGAAAUUGGCCUAUCUUUCUCAAUCAAAUGGAAAGGACAUUGCUAAACAGGACCUUCCCAUUGAUCAUCAUAAAUGUGCAGCCCUGCUUUUGCGAGGAUGUGUUGAUACCCUCGACGAACAGCACCACCUGCAAGCCUUAGGUGAUGCCAGGCUUGAUGUUUCAAGCUUGGCUCCCCUUAAAGUUAUUCAUGAAUACCACUACCUCAAGCUCAACUAUGAGAGUACUGUCAACUGGAAACAGUCAACAGACCACCUCCGGUCCAAUCCUUCUUUCCAUGGUUCUCUGCGCUUCAAUUGCGCACUCAUACAGCUUACUGCAGCAAGAACUGUCUUUGUUAAGAUUAUACUAAUGUUUAAAUGUGAAGUUACAGAUGGGCUUGGCUUCAGCUCGUGCGCUGCGCCCCUUACCCGAGUAUGUGCCCUUAACUUCAGAAUGAAGUCCGGAGAAAGUCCAGUGAAGUCCGAAGGACUUCCGGAGAAGCGUGGGAAACUUCGGAAGGACUUUCCGGACGAGUGCGAGAAACUUCCGGAUGAGCGCGGGAAAGUUCCGGAGGAACUUCCGGAAACUCGGAGGAAUGGAGGAUCGGAUGAGUGGAUGAGUGGAGGAGCGGAGGAGCGGAGGAGCGGAGGAGCGGAGGAGCGGAGGAGUGGAGCUCCGGCCUAG